AACAGACCAUAGCAAAGCAAACAGAAAGUCAAAGUCCAGUGAUAAUCUGGCCAAACUAGUUUUGAACACCUGAGUUUUGAAAUGUUCUACGGGUUAUUCAGGCAUGAAGCACUUUAAUUAGAUAUGCAUGUCUAUGUGUUACUUAGGGUGAACGGUACUAUUUCUAUUUGUCUAAAAUUAUUUUUCUUUUGUAGACAGCAAAAGCAAAAGGUCUUGAGAAAAGUUUCUCCUUGAAUAUGUUCCUGCUGUAUUACCUGAAUGACAACAGCAAAGCAUUCAAAGUUCUGGAAAAGCAGCUCUCUUCAGUCGGCUGCAAGGUGAAGUUAAAUUUUGAGGAGGAGAAGGCUGUAGUUAAAGAGGACAUGGAGAAGGGGCCAGGAGCAUGCUCUGCAGAGAAAGUGGAGCAACAGCUGGCUUGGGUCUUCACCAGUCUCACCGACACCUACCUCUGCUAUCAUGUGGUCGAACCAAAACAGGUGAAAAUGGUACUGCAGGACCCGUCCUUUAAGACAGAUGAUAUCAAAGUGUACACAGAGAGUGGCUAUGCUGUGGUUGUGGGAGAGGUUCAAGCUGUGAAGGAGAAGAUUGCAAGAAUGGAAAAAAGCCUACCCACCAAAAAGGAAGUGCCAAUUGUGGAGAAAUUGUUCAAGCUCGUAGAAGAAGAGUUCAAUCGAGAAAUGUGCGCUAACUAUCCAGAUGUUAAAGUCAUCAGAGGUAGUGCCACAAUCACUUUGGAGGGCUCUGACACAGAGGUGCAGUCAGGAGCUGCAAAACUGGAUGAACUAAUUAAGAACAUAAAGGAAAAGAGAGUCAAGUUCCCCGCUGCUCUGCUAACCUUCAUCAAAACCAGUGGAGCUAUCUCCAAAUACCAAGCUCGUUUCCAGCAGAGCCUCAGAAACCCUGUUUUCUUUGAGGUGGGUUCAGAUCUGGUUCUGUCCAGUUUGUCCUCUGAUGCUCUGAAUGAGGCCGAGGCAGCAGUGAUGAGAGAGCUUAAAGUGGCCACUGUGCAGCUGCAGGGAGCUGCAGCAGUACCUCCAGAUUUAGACAGACUAAAGGAAAUCCUGAUUAAAGCCAAGAAAGAAGCAAACAUUAGUGAGCUAAGGGUGGAUGUGAGCUUCAUGCCAGGAGCCAGUGGAACUGCAACCACCAAAGUACGACUGGUGGGCUACAGUGAAGAUAUUAACAAGGUCAAUGAGGUCCUUCGUGACUUCCAGAUAAAUAAGGUUACGACUGAAGAAGAGGUGAAACUGCCACAUCCUGAACUGGUUGACUGCUUUGAUAAAGUAUUAGGCCUGAUCGGUAUGAAGGAGACUAAGGUGACCUUGAAAGCCUCGCAUGUUCCACAUCCCUGUGUACUCGUGAAGGGUCCUCGUUCUCUGGUUCAAAAAGUUCAAACAGACUUAGCCACGAGUCUAGCGCAGCUGUCAACUGAUACAGUGGUGUUAAAUGAACCUGUGGUGCAGUGGUACUUCCAGGGAGAUGGGAGACAAAACACAGAACUGGUGGAGAGAUCCUGUCAGGUCCUCAUCAGAGAGAAAAAACAUCUUCAAAGUACUGGAACUACAUCAAAUUUGUACUAAAGACCACAAUACAGCAACAGACAACAUGAGACAAAUAUUAAACUUAAUCUGCUCUUCUUCCUCUCAGCGCCCACGAGUGACCUUGCUGAUAUCACCAUAACUCUGAAAGGCGGAGUGAAACUACAAGUGGUGUUUGGUGACAUCACUAAUGAGACUACAGAUGCUGUGGUGAACACAACGGACUUCAGAGACUUUCGGACAGAUGGAGUAUGCAAAGACAUCUUAAGAAAGGCUGGGCCUCAGGUUGAGGCUGCACUGAAAAACGGAAAAGUGAACAGUGGAGAGAUUUUGGAAACACCGCCUGGCAUGUUCCCUUGUAAAGCCAUUUUACACAUGUGUGGAGAAAGAGAUACAGCCGUCAUCGAGCAGCUGCUUCGUCGCAUCAUUCAACUUUGUGAGUCUUCUGGUUACAAGUCUUUGGCUGUUCCUGCCAUCUGUGCUGGUGAGUAGUGUGGGAGUCAUUAAAGAUGCAUAAAACAUCAAAGUUAUUUAUGGAGUUUUGUUUGACUGGUUGUCCAGGAUCUGGUGGAUUGGACCCUGAUUCUGUGGCACAUGCCAUCCUCCAAGGGGUUAAGACUGCUGCCUCGUCCCAUCCUCUCCAGCGUCUCGCCAACAUUCGCCUUGUACUCAACAAGCUCUCGGUGUUCCUGGCAUUUAAAAAGAAAGCAAUGCAGAUGUUUCCCUUUGCUGUG